AAAAACUUUUUAACAGACGCAAAAUUUAAAAACAAACAUAAAAAUGUCCAAUGAAGUUCGCGAAAAAGAAAACACAGUUGGUGUAUGGAGAGGGUUGAGCACCCAGGAGAUAAUAGCGCGUGAGGAUCGAUGUGGGGCUCACAAUUACCACCCCCUCCCUGUAGCUCUCACAAGGGCAAAGGGGGUUUUCAUGUGGGAUGCAGAGGGGAAGAAAUAUUAUGAUUUUCUCUCUGCUUACUCUGCAGUUAACCAAGGGCACUGCCAUCCAAGAAUAAUUGGUGCAUUGAAGGAACAAGCAGAAAUUCUCACCCUAACAAGCAGAGCAUUUUAUAACAAUGUACUGGGAGAGCUAGAGGAAUAUGCAACAAAUCUGUUUGGAUAUGACAAAAUGUUAGCAAUGAACACAGGUGUUGAAGGCGGAGAAACAGCAAUCAAACUAGCAAGGAAAUGGGGUUACAAAGUAAAAAAAAUAGAACAGAAUAAAGCAAAAGUCGUCUUUGCUAAGAACAAUUUCUGGGGUAGAACUCUGGCUGCUGUUUCUUCCUCUACAGACCCUACAGCCUAUGGUGACUACGGACCCUUCAUGCCUGGCUUUAGCCUGGUGACCUACAGUGACCUUGCAGCAUUAGAAGAAGAGUUAAAGGAUCCCAAUACAUGUGCAUUUAUGGUAGAACCUAUACAAGGAGAGGCCGGGGUUGUACUUCCUGAUGACGGAUACCUUAAAGGAGUCAGAGCACUGUGUGAUAAAUACAAUGUUCUGUGGAUUGCAGAUGAGGUUCAAACUGGACUAUGUAGAACUGGUAAAAUGUUGGCCUGUGAUUGGGAAAACGUCAGGCCUGAUAUUCUGGUUUUGGGAAAAGCGCUUUCAGGAGGUGUUAUGCCUGUGUCAGCGGUUUUUGCCAAUGACGAGGUGAUGCUGACAAUAAGACCUGGGGAGCAUGGAUCCACCUAUGGAGGAAAUCCUCUAGCUUGUAAAGUUGCACUAGCGAGUCUCAAGGUGUUGAUAGAUGAGAACCUGGCUGAGAAGGCGGAUAGGAUGGGAACCCUGCUCAGGAAGGAGCUAAAUACUCUGCCGAGCAGCGUGGUCAAGACGGUCAGAGGCAGGGGACUUCUCAACGCUAUUGUUAUUGAUGAGAAGUACGAUGCUAUGAAAGUUUGUUUGGAUCUCAAGGAAAGAGGACUUCUGGCUAAACCAACUCAUGGAGAUACUAUCCGCCUAGCUCCGCCCCUAGUUAUAUCAGAGGCGGAGAUCAUGGAGUGCUCCGCCAUUAUUAGGGAUUCUGUUCUCAGUCUGAUCAAAUAAAGCUAAACUUUUCUAUCAAAUAUUUCAUAAUUGUAAAACCGUCUUUAUUUACUGUUUGAAUUUUUAUAUAUAAUUUUGUAAAUUUAACCAACAUAAAAACGUUUAAAAUAAAUUUAAAAUAAUUA